UGUCUUUAAUCGGGGUAAAGUGAUCGAGAUUCAACAUUCACAUUCACAUUCACAUUCACAUUCACAUUCACAUUCGCCCAGGAUGUUGAUUCACUGAUUGUCACCCUUGUGCUUCGCGAUCGCGUGUUCAGAUAGCACGGCCCCCCGGCCUCCACCUCAGACUCCCAUCUCGCAUCCCGCAUCCUCCUCAUCCCGCAUCACCCCUCAUCCCGCAUCUCGCACACAAUCACAAUGACGAUCAGCAUAGACCCAGGCUGCCUCAUCGUGCGCCCCAUCAACUCCGACGUGGACAGGCAGCAAGUCACGCGCAUCCUCAUCGAGUCCUUCGACGCGCUCUACAAGUCCAAAGGCAUGACCAUGACGGAUGAUCGCCGCAUCAUGCUCACCGACGCCGCAAAGCGAGAUGACGUCGUCGUCCUCAUCUGCCAUCCUCCUGCACCCGCACACGCAUCCGCAAGCGAUGAUGGUGCUCUGACUCCUCCCGCGCCCUUAGCGACAGCCACGCUGGUGCCGCCCACGUCUCGACAUACCCGCGCUUGGAAUCCCAAGGCGCUGAUCGCAAAGGGCGACGCACACGCACACGCACACGCACACGCACACGCACACCCACACCCACACCCACACGCACACGCACACGCACACGCACACCCACACCCACACCCACACCCACACGCGCACGCACCCGCACCCGCACCCAAACCUCGGUCCUGGGAGCUGAGAUUCCUUGCAGUGGCGCCGCAAGCUCAAGGCAAAGGUGUUGCCAGCCAAGUGAUUGCCCAUGCAGAGCGUUACGUCGUCGCUCACGGCAGCGAGGUCGUCUGUCUGCACACUCGCCGCGGCAUGGAGCAUCAGGAGAAGAUGUAUGCCAGCAAAGGCUAUGUGCGCGAUGAGGAGCAGGAUCUGACCAUUGGCGACGUGUACCUGCAAGCGUACUACAAGAUUCUCACGUGAGGGCGACCACGUCGUGAAACAAAACGUCCCUGCCAAUCUGGCUUUCGCCUUGACCGUGCUUUGCAGUCCAGAGUCGUGGCAAGCAGGCAGGCAGCCCAUCCUGAACAGGCGCACAGGUUGGAAUCGCACCGCGCAGACGGUGGAGCACAGGAAUCGAGUUUGAAGGCCUUGAGCGAGGCAGGAAGCGCAGCCCAUCGUGCAGAUCCAGUCCCGCUCACAAGCCUUCGCUGCCAGCCAC